AUGGAGCAGGCAUCUCAGUGCAGUGAGCCAGUGCUGGAUGCUAAGUCCCAGGUCGCUAGCCAGCUUGUAGAUUUUCAGUGGAAGUUGUGUAUGGCUGUGAGCUCGGACAGCUGCAGAUCGCUGAAGUAUCCUUAUGUGGCCAUGAUGCUCAAAGUGGCAGAUCAAUCUGGUCAAAUAAAGAACAAAUUCAUUGACAUGACAAUUCCACAAUUUCAGAAUUUCUACAGACAGUUCAAGGAACUUGCUGCUGUGAUGGAAACUGUGUGA